CAAGUUAUUUAUGAUACGAGGUGACUUGUAGAUCACUCAGCCUCGACUUGCCUUUAAAGUCGGCUGAAAUGACGAACGCGCCCAUUGUUGCAAGAGGCGAACUCUGGCCGCACAAUACACUUAACACAUUCACCAUUCCUGCGUAGACGCUUGCGAAUAGACAGUGUUUGUGCAUUGCACGGGCUUGAUUGUGGUUGCAUUAUCUGUGGAUAGUUUAGCUUCAAGUAUCAGUUUACUUACUUAUUUUACCACCGCAAUGAACAGAGUAAAGGUCGUUUUUGGUCAUUUAUCGCCACCGAACACGUUCAAAACCCACAGCGAUCCUAUUGUCUCCGGGGCAAAAUGUAGUGCUUUAUCCGCCAGUCCAGAUGAUAUAGUGGUGGUCCACGGGCUGAGGACUGCUAUCGGCAAGGCUAAAAAAGGAUCUUUCAAGGACACCACUCCAGACGAGCUGUUGAGUUGUGUGAUGACAGCGGUCCUGGUAGAUGUGGGACUGUCACCUGAGAGACUAGGGGACAUCUGUGUGGGUAAUGUUCUACAGCCUGGGGCAGGUGCUCUCAUGGCCAGAGUGGCUCACUUCCUCAGUGAGUUCCCAGAGACUGUUCCUGUCUACACCGUCAACAGGAUGUGUUCCUCUGGACUACAGGCUCUGUUCAACGUCGCAGGAGCCAUCAGGAGUGGGUCAUAUGAUAUGGGUCUGGCCUGUGGAGUGGAGAGCAUGUCUCUGCGUGACGCUGGGGAACCAGGCGAUGUGAGCUCCAGACUUAUGGACUACGAGAAGGCUAGAGACUGUGUCAUACCUAUGGGCAUCACCUCAGAGAAUGUGGCAGAGCGGUUCGGUGUCUCCAGAGAGAAGCAGGAUGAGUUCGCCUACAGCUCUCAGCAGAAGGCCAGCCAGGCUCAGAAGCAGGGGAUAUUUGACCAGGAGAUCUGCCCAGUAACCACAAAGUUUGUUGACGAGGACGGCUCUGAACGUACGGUUACCGUAACCAAGGACGAUGGGAUCCGGCCCGGUACCACGCUGGCGGGGCUGACCAAACUCAGAGGGGCUUUCAAACCUGACGGCAGCACCACCGCAGGUAACUCCAGCCAGGUGAGUGACGGUGCAGCAGCGGUGCUGGUGGGCAGGAGGUCCGUGGUGGAGUCCCUGUCUCUGCCAGUCCUGGGGGUGCUGAAGGCCAGUGCUGUGGUGGGGGUACCCCCUGACGUCAUGGGUAUCGGACCAGCCUAUGCCAUCCCUGCUGCUCUGGGGCAGGCCGGUCUGACUGUAGCUGAUAUUGACGUGUUUGAGAUCAAUGAGGCGUUCGCCAGCCAGGUGAGUCUCUGUAUAGAGUUGUAGUACUUUGGACACAGACCGACAGCCACAGACUGACAGCCUGGUUCCUCUAAGUUUCAAGGGCCUUAUUGCUUUUAUAAUAACAGGUUUCA